GCACGAGUCUCUUUUCCUCUCACCUCCCCACCCCGCUCUCGAGAGUCUAUGGGCGGAGGAGUUUUCCAAGCGCCGGAAACUUGUCCGAAAGUUCCGAGAAACCCCCUCCGCUCACCCGCCAACUCCCCCCUCGCCCCACAGCGACCCGCCUGUUUGCCAUCAGCAGCGCUUUUAACGGUUUCGACGUCGCGCAGAGUUGAAAUUGAGGGAGGGGGCCAUGUCCGGCGCCUCCAACGUCGCCGCUAUGAAGAAAGUAGUGCAACAGCUGCGGCUCGAGGCCAGCGUGAGCCGCGUGAAGGUUUCACAAGCUGCAGCUGAUCUGAAGCAGUUUUGCCUUCAAAAUGCACAUCAUGAUCCUUUAUUAACAGGAGUUUCAUCAAGUACAAAUCCAUUCAGACCACAGAAAGUCUGUUCUUUUCUCUGAUUUGACCUAACAACUUUUCCUAGCUGAUUAUGUUGAAUAUGGAAAUGAAACAAGAUGGCUUGGAACCUGUACAGAAACUUUGUAUUAAUGUGCCAACUUUGAGCUUGUAAAAUUGCUAUUGUUUCAAACCCCUUUAAAAUCUACCUCUCUAACAAGCUGUAUGCUAGUUGCUAUUACUCUAUCCUGAGGGAAUCAAUUUUAUAUUCAAGCAAUAAAGGGUUGACAUGAUUUUGAACGUUAGCGUAAAAUAUUUGAACUUGUCCUAAUACUCUGAAUUGUGUAUCCAAAACUUCACUUAUUCUAAAAAUAUUGUAAAAGUUAGUGCAUUUUGUAAAAAAUAUUCCUGCUUUUCCAAAACAAUAGCAUCUUUAAACAAAUUAAUGGUUUACAGUCAAUAUAGUUCUUGUUCUUUCUACUUUAGUUAUUAUGUAGUCAUAACUAAUUUGGAGUAAGCUGUAUUUGCCUCUAGAAGCAUCCUAAAUUGUGAAUAUCCUUCUAUAAAACUAAAUAAAUACAUGCCUUGUUAUACACUA